GUGAGAAUGUGAUGUCCAGCUUUCCCACCGAAGUAUCCAUCAGUGUCACUGCUGCAACAGAUACUCAGUUAAAGAGAACCACAGAGAUGCCCCGACCUGCCUCCACAAACCUGACAGAGGAAGUUCAGAGACUUCAGGACCCCAUGCGGUUACAAACGCAAGACCUCCUUCAGUCUCUAUCAUUUAACCUUCCAAACAAGACUAUACCUCAGGAAACAGCCAACAAUCUUACACAGUCUCUACUGAAGAGCGUGGAUGAGGUCAUAACUGCCAGCGACUGGAGAGAAAAUGAUGAGUGGAGUCCAGUGGUCAAUGGGCUGGUGGAAACGGUGGAUAAAGUGAUGGUGCAUAUGGCCUCCAAGCUUCGGUCUGACCCAGAUGCAGAGGCUCCACUGGCCCUUAAAGGUGACCCAUCUUUUUUGUUGUGUCUAGAUUACUCUCUGAUGAAGAUCCCUCAGAACUACAAUCUGCAAAGCUACCGGUUCCCAACACAAGGGAAGAGUUACAUCUCAGUACCAGGAGAGGCCCUCACAAUGCAGUCUCAGACCACGAUUGUGGGACUUUUCUACCACAAAAUGCACAACUACUACAAAAAAAUCAGCCCUCUACAAACAAGGAUAAAUGAGGCAGUGGAUUUUAAAGAUCAUAAGAUCCAGAUGGCCAGUCAUCUUAUUUCUCUGAAGGUGGAACCGUCUCCUGCGCUGUCAUUCAACCUUUCCACUGAGCCGCUGAUCCGGAUCGUCCUCACGCAUCAGCUGAGUAAAGAACAGCAACUCCAGGCCUUAAACCAAAGUAACAAAGUGUUCCUGUACUGCGCCUUCCUGGACUACAGCUCCAAGGAUGGCGUGUGGUCCAAUGAGGGCUGUGUGAGGGCUGAUGGAAACCUGUCCUUCUCUAUUUGCUUGUGUAACCAUCUGACAAACUUCGCCAUCCUUAUGCAAGUGGUUCCUUUGGAGCUCUCAAAGGCCCACAAGGUGGCGCUGUCCACCAUUAGCUACAUCGGCUGCUCUAUCUCUAUUUUCUGCCUGGCAAUUACACUGGUCACCUUUGCCGUCCUGUCGUCGGUUAGCACCAUCCGUAAUCAGCGUUACCAUAUUCAUGCAAACUUGGCAUUUGCAAUCUUAGUCGCUCAGAUCCUUCUGCUCAUCAGUUUCCGCUUCAGUCCCAGCACGCUCCCGUGUAAGAUCAUGGCCGUAUUGCUGCAUUUCUUCUUCCUGUGUGCGUUCGCCUGGAUGCUGGUGGAAGGGCUGCAUCUCUACAGCAUGGUGAUCAAGGUGUUCGGCUCAGAGGACAGCAAGCACUUUUAUUACUAUGCCAUCGGAUGGGGAUGUCCUUUGGUCAUAUGUGCGGUGUCUAUAACCUCCUCACUAAACAGCUAUGGGGAAGCUGGCAAUUGCUGGCUGUCUCUCCAGAAUGGGGCGAUUUGGGCUUUUGUGGCCCCUGCUCUGUUUGUUAUAAUGGUGAACAUUGGCAUUUUGAUAGCUGUGACACGGAUCAUAUCCAGGAUCAGUGCUGAAAACUACAAGGUUCACGGAGACGCCAACUCUGUUAAGCUUACGACUAAAGCGGUGGCGGUACUCUUGCCCAUCCUGGGCAUAUCGUGGAUCUUUGGGGUUCUGGCAGUGAACGACCACUCCCUGCUUUUCCAGUACAUGUUUGCAGUGUUUAACUCACUACAGGGGUUCUUCAUAUUCCUGUUUCACUGUCUGUUAAACUCUGAGGUAAGAGCUGCUUUCAAACACAAAACCAAAGUGUGGACUUUAACCAGCAGCUCAAUCCGCAACAUCAACGUCAAACCUUUCAACUCAGACAUAAUGAACGGCAACAAGGGCGGUGUGACACCCACAAAGAUGAACACAUGGGACAAAAGCACCAACUCAGCCAACCGCAUCGAUUUGUCAGCUGUAUAAUUUCUUCUGGUCCAAACAGAGCAAGUGGACAACAGCAUAGCACUUCUUAUAGAACAUGUGCCUUUCUAUAUCACUUUUUAAAUGGACUUUAUAUGAUGAAAUAGCUACAGACACUUGCAUCUGAUUGUACUAUAGUUAACUCACAACACAAAGUUCUCUGAUGUCAUUUCCUCCUGCUGAUGAUCUCUCUAACACAAACAUAGGAUGAAGACACACUGCCCGUUGUUGGGAUGAAGGAGUUCAUGGUUUGCUAAUAAUGUGGUGUGCAGAGGAAAACACACUAACUCUCACAGACAGGAGACUCUCCUGAGGUACAGUACCUGUACUGUAACGCUGUUUCCUUGCUUGGAUUUUUUUGGACAACACACUAGAUCUGUGCUUCAUGUUUGGCCGUCCUUUAAACAGAGGAGUCAUCAAAUACAAAGUCUGGAGUGUCUCAACUUUAAUGAGAACGCUUUUUUGCAACCAGCCUGAGUGAAGUAGCAGCUUCGAUUAAUCCACAUCCAUCUGUCCAUCAGCUAUGGCUUAAAAAAAUUGACCUGGAAGAGAAGAACAAUACUGGCCAAAUUCUCUGGAGAUCUUCCUCAUUGUUGUGAUGGGUUUCUCUCUCUUUAAAAAUCUAGUAUUGUAAAUGGCACUUGUGUUUAACCAAAUAUGUUUUUUGAACCUUGUUUUUUCAACAAAAGGUCAGCGAAAAGAAGAGAUGAACCUCCACAAUAUGUUGAAAUUCAAACUCAGAAGGUCAUUUAUAAUAUUGCACAAAUUUAU